UCCGUGUGAAGAAAAUUAUGGCUGUUUAUUUUAAUAACUUGAUUAUUCUCGAGGAUUCUAUCCUGAAUAAAUUAUUUUUUAGUUAAAUAAUCUACUUACGUCUAAGAGAACAAUGGAAGACCCAACUUUUAGUGAUAAAAUCGAAGAGUACUUCUCGGAGCUCGGGCGAUGGCGGGUGUGGCGAAGUAUUCUCCUGGGUCAAGUACUAUCUUUGCUAUUGAGUGGUAAAUGUAUAUUGACGACACUGUUGCAAAGUGCUACAUGGCAGUUUCCAACAACUGGGCAACUUGUGGUGCCGUACUUAACACUCUUUAUACUUUUCACACCAUCCCUGCUCUGUAACGGGCUGAAAACAUUGUCCAAGAGAUGGUGGGUAGUAAUAAUAUCAUGUACCCUUGAUGUAACGGCAAGCUGGUUGCUGGUGAUGUCCCAGCGGUUCACCUCAGUGCUGAGCUGACAGCUGCUUGCAUGCAGCGGUGUGGGAGCCGCUC